AUGAUCGGUCAACAACACCUUGAAUUGCAGCAAAUACCCAUCGGCCAACCUGACCCUGUUGUAAGACGACGAAUCGUUCAAAAGGCCUCUCACGGACCUCGUGAAGCACGGGGCUUAACAGCGAACGAGAUUCUAGAACGUCAAGAGCGCCAGGAAAAGCGUCAAAGACGUCAAGAUGAACGCGCUGACGAGCGACGACAACAAGCUCAAUUGACGUCUACUCCCCGAGCCAGCAUAACAGUGACAGAGACAGCAAGACCGACAACACCUCCGCCUCAGAUUACUCCUCUCUCACGACGUUUACCAAUUCGCACUCCAGACAGACCACGACCACGUCGAUCUCCUACCCCUGAGGCCUCUCCGACAGUCAACGACGAGAUCUUCGAUCUACCAGCGUCUACGGCACCUCCAGCACUAGGAGGAGGUAGAGGAAAGAGAAGGCGCAACCACACGGCGAGAUACAAAGAGGCAAAGGAGCAAGGACUCAUACAAGAUUCACAAGAGGCUCACAGAGCAUCAGGAAGGCUCUGA